AUGGUAUACGCAUGGUAUACACGAAGGUUUGGAGAUUUUCACAAUCGUCCCAGAAUAAUUCUCAUUUCGGAUGGAAAACCCACAGAUUUUACGGCCAUCAAUGUUAUUGAUGUUGAUGAUUCUCCGGACUUUGAGACUGAAAAAGACAAAAACCAUUUACUGCAGUAUACAAAUAAUGUUGGCAAGUUACAUCCCAUCUUCUGCAUUCCUGUUGGAAGAAACCCCGACUUGGUAAUCUAUAUUACUGAAUUCCUGAGUGCUCAGUCAAGGGGAGGAAAGAUUAUUUAUCCCCAUAAGGCCCGACAGUUUGCAAAAUAUACAGCAAAUACCCAGAAUGCCCCCAUGUUAUCGUAUACAAUGAGGAAUGAUGGGAAUGACCGCGACAUGAUUCUGACGUUACUGGCUUGUAAAUUUCCUGAUAAAGAGUUCUUGGAAAGAGACCAGGAUGCUCUGAAGGAAGAACUUAUCGAUGAAAUGGAUGAUGUACAUCAAGAGAGAGACCCCCGAAUGCCUUCUCUAGGUUCAAGGGUCAAACGUGGGAGGGACUGGAAGUGGAAUUAUCAGGAUAGCAAUGGUCCUGGUACAGUCAUAGGACAUUUAAAAGAUGGUCCGUUUCUGCUUCGCUCCUAUAUAGGUCCUGAUUGGAACUGGGAAGAUCAGGACUGCGGUACUGGAAGUAUUGGAUCCGUUUACAGAGUAAAACGAAAUGGAGCUGUGUAUGAACGUGAUCAAUAA